GGUCAUUUAUGUCGUCACGGCCUGUAGAUAACCGCACAUUAGUGGAGAAUCGUAUGCUUAAAACGUUUAAUUUGAUUUUCAUUCUGCCUCCUUGAGCUUUUUUGGAUAAAAUUCAGGGGCGUGUCGACGCGUACUUACAUUGUGGACUGCCAAAGUGUUCCAUAAUGGAAAUGGGAACGCUUUCGUUCGUGAUGGAGCAAGAUAUUGCUUCAGGAUCAGCUCAAGUGGGCUCAAAAUGAAUUGCCUAAGAAGACCAGGGUCUAUCAAACAGUUUUUCCGGUGUUUCUCUUCAUCGGAAAUGUCAGCACCAGUUCCACCAUCACAACCAUUAUCUGAAAAAUCUACAACGGGUUUACCAUCAAAACUAUCAACAGAAAUGUCAGCACAGGUUCCGUUACCAAAAGUAUCAUUGUCAGAAAUAUCUGUAACAAAUCCGGUAUCAAGACUUUCAUUAUCAGUACCAACCACAUCAGCAGAAUCAUCUCCAGCUUCAUCGAUUACUCAAAGCGAACCAUCAACAGCUGGACAUCCUCAACUCACUAUACAAGAAGCUCGAGAUACACUUAUGGAAAUGGUUGGCAAACACAUAGAAAGCAUGUUGCCGGAUGAAGAAAGUUCAGAGACUGGUCACUCUAUAUUUGAAAAUAUACCUAAGAAACAAGAUGGCCUACCAGUACGUAGUCUUAAAGACAGCUAUAGAGAAGUUGUUAUACCGCUUGGUUCCAAUCCUGAAUUAAGAAUCCAUUAUGUGAAUUUCUAUAAAGGGAUUCGUUACGGUAGAAUUCUAGAAGAUCUGGACACAUUUGCUGAAUUGAUUUGUUACACCCAUAACAGAAGAGGUGAUAGUCCCAAGUCACCCUUAUCUACAGUAACAGCUUUAGUUGAUAGAAUAGUGCUUGGAAAAGAUAUUAUAUCAGCAGCAUCAGACAUUAAACUAACUGGUAAUGUGACAUGGGUUGGUACAACAUCUAUGGAAGUUACAAUGGAAGUACACCAGGUUGUAAACGGUCAAUGGCAGAAAAUGAUAAACGCAAGAUUUCUAAUGGUCGCCAGAAAUCCAGUAACAGGAGGACCCGCCGCCGUCAACCCCUUGAAACCAAACGGACCAGAGGAAGAACAAAUAUUUAUGAAAGGAGAAGCCAAUAAAGCAAUUCGUCAGAAUAUGGCCAAUAAAUCUUUAUUGAAGACACCACCUGAUGAAUCAGAACGUCUUAUAAUACACAACCUAUUUUUAGAGACCAUAGAUCAAAGCUCUUCAACUUUUAAAAUACGUAUAAAACCAGAGAAUAGUGUAUGGAUGGAAGAUGCCGGAUUAAAGAACGUGAUUGUCUGUCAUCCACAGCAAAGAAACUUAUAUAAUAAGAUAUUUGGUGGUUAUUUAAUGAGGAAAGCGUUGGAACUAGCUGUAGCUAAUGCUGCACUUUAUUGCAAAGUGUACCCUAAAAUUAAAGUGGUUCAUGAUAUAUGCUUCAAGAAACCAGUGGAAAUUGGUUCACUUCUGUUUCUAUCAUCCCAGAUUGUAUAUACAGAAGGGUCACUGAUACAGGUCAAAGUUCUCGCCGAAGUUGUCAACCAGACAGUGGGAAAUCCUGAGACAACCAACAAUUUUCAUUUUACCUUUGACUGCGGUUUGGAAAAUAUGCCUCAAGUUAAACCCAGAACAUAUGCAGAAUCCAUGCUCUACUUAGAUGGUAAAAGACACUGUGAGAGCUGAGUCCGAGAUAUGCCUGUCUUUCUGUGACUUCCAUAGAAAUGGUGAUUCCCAUGGAGACAAUUGUUUAUGAUAAAUGAUAGUUCUCCGUUAAUCUAGUAGUUAGUAAUCAGAAUUGAACGUUGUUCUUAAAGUUGACCACCAUUGGAAUUAUAUUUAAGAUCAUCUGAGCUGCAGAUAAACAAAACAUAAAGGUUUCUGGUGCCAUAUUGGGACUUUAGUGUAUAAUAAUUGUGUUACUAGCAUUGUUGAACCAUUUUACCAUCAUAGUGUAAUAAGUUGUGCCAGAAAUUAGACAAUUUUAUCUUGUUAAUUUAUACCGAUAUUAUUGUGAUAAUAUGUAUAUACCAAGGUCCUUUAUAUUAGUUGUUAUUAUGCUGCUGUUAUUAUUAUGAAACAUACUUUUGUUGUAUUAUGUCGAUAUACAAAUAUGUACAAAGGUAUUUACUAACUUGGGGCAUUUAGUUUAAUCUACACUUAUAUUUUUGUUUAUUGACAAAUGUUUGAAUUCCUAAAUGGAUGGGAAGUUGUAUAGUGACACACAAGCUUGUGCUCACCGUUUUAAGAAAACCAUCAUAAGCCUGGACAUUUUUGUGAAAUAAAAUGGUUGCGUAGAUUUUCAGUAGACCAAAGUUUACCUAAUAAUAAUAUGUUUUAAAUAUUUUAGUUAAUAAAUAUGAAAUGCAA